AUGUAUUCCUUGAAAACGCUAUACAAUUUUAUCAAAAGUCGUAUGUUUCCAGAUGAAUUCUGCAACAGCUUCGAGAGUGAAUUGGAAGAGGAGAACUGCUUUAAAGGUAUCAGAUCAAUCAAGAACGAUAAAGUUACAGAAGGUCUUCAAGGCGAAAGAAAUACUAUUAUUAAGCCAUACAACGAGGAUAACUGUUGUACGCAAUUAUUGUCAAAAAACCUCAAUGAUACGUACAGUGCUUGUCACCUGCAGGCUUUCAACGCGUCCGCUUCCCACUUCAUUCUCGUUUGGAUGAGUCCACUUGAACAAACAAGGAAGUAUGAGCAACCGAAGGUAUUAAAAGGCGUCAGGCCCCUUGUUCAUUCGAGAUAUGCAAAAGUUCAGGCUCUCAUCACGAUGCGAGAGAACAGCUUUCAUAAAAUUGAACACGCAAAAAGCCUCUCGUAUAACAUAGGAUGUCUUCAAAACAGUCCUAAUCCCUUUCGAAAGUACUGUUAUUGUCAACACGCGAACAUUUUCUUUGAAAGAGCUAUUGAACUCAUGAGUUGGACGACUGCACUAUUAGAUAGUUUGAAAAACACAGAGAGUUAG